CCCAGCUUCGCAGCCGCCGAGCGCCGCCCCGGCCCCUCCCGGCUCCGCGAGGGGGCGCUGCGGCGGCGACGACGGCGGGUGCGGCCGCUCCGGGGCGGCGGCUGCGGAGCCAGGGAGGGAGGGAGGCGGCUGCCCCGCAGCGCGGAGAAGGCACCUACCUGUGGCAUGGCGGAGGACCUUCUUGCAGAAGAACCUAAAAGCAUUUAAAGCUUGCAGAAUGAAAAGAUGGCACAGGCAAUGCUGGUACCACCAGGAUCUGACAGUUUCUUCUAUUUCACCAAAGAAUCUCUUGCAGCUAUUGAGAAACGUAUUGCUGAUGAAAAAUCUCAUCGUGACAAAGAUGACCAUAAAGAUGAUGGUGAUCAUGAAGAAAAUCACCCAAAGCCAAAUAAUGACUUGGAAGCAGGAAAGACACUGCCAUUUAUUUAUGGUGAUAUUCCUCCAGGAAUGGUAUCUGAGCCACUGGAGGACCUGGAUCCAUAUUAUAUCAAUAAAAAAACAUUUAUAGUGUUGAAUAAAGGAAAGACAAUCUUCAGGUUCAGUGCCACACCUGCCUUGUACCUUUUAUCUCCUUUCAAUAUUAUUAGAAGAAUAGCUAUUAAGAUUUUGGUUCAUUCAUUGUUCAGCAUCUUCAUUAUGCUCACUAUUUUGACAAACUGUGUAUUUAUGACGUGGAGUAACCUCCCAGACUGGACAAAGAAUGUAGAGUACACUUUCACUGGAAUUUAUACUUUUGAAUUUCUGGUAAAAAUCCUUGCAAGAGGCUUCUGUAUAAAUGAUUUUACUUGCCUCCGUGACCCCUGGAACUGGCUUGAUUUUGUUGUCAUUUCCUUUGCGUAUAUAACAGAAUUUGUAAGCCUAGGCAAUGUUUCAGCUCUUCGAACUUUCAGAGUAUUGAGAGCUUUGAAAACUAUUUCUGUAAUUCCAGGAUUGAAGACUAUUGUUGGAGCCUUAAUUCAGUCUGUGAAGAAACUCUCAGAUGUAAUGAUUUUGACUGUGUUUUGCCUGAGUGUAUUUGCACUAAUAGGACUGCAGCUGUUCAUGGGCAACUUGAAGAAUAAAUGCUUAUUUUGGCCAGAAAAUUCAACAUCUUUUCAACAAUACCUAGCUCUUUACUCUAAUGGGACAGAGUUUAAUUGGAUGGCAUACAUUGGGAAUACAAGUAAUUUCUAUCGUGUAGGACAAAACGAUUAUCUGCUUUGUGGAAAUAGCUCAGAUGCAGGUAAAUGUCCGGAAAAGUUUAUUUGUGUGAAAGCUGGUAAAAACCCCAACUAUGGGUAUACUAGCUUUGACACAUUCAGUUGGGCUUUCUUGUCACUGUUUCGACUGAUGACCCAGGACUCCUGGGAAACACUUUAUCAGCAGACGCUACGAGCUGUUGGCAAAGCAUACACGAUAUUUUUUGUUCUGGUCAUAUUUCUGGGUUCCUUCUAUUUGAUUAAUUUGAUUUUGGCUGUGGUUGCCAUGGCCUAUGAAGAACAAAAUCAAGCAACUAUCGUUGAAGCAGAACAGAGACAGGCAGACUUUAAGCAGAUGCUUGAACAGCUGAGGAAGCAGCAAGAAGCAGCUCAGGCAAUAGCAGCAGCUGCAGCAGAGAUGGAGUGUAGCGGUGAAAGUGGAAUUGGUGGACCCUCAGAUAGCUCUUCAGAAGCAUCCAAGCUUAGUUCAAAAAGUGCCAAAGAAAGGAGAAAUAGAAGGAAGAAAAGAAGGCAGAGGGAGCUCUCUGGAGAAGAGAAUGACGUGAAGGAUGAAAAGCUUCCAAAAUCUGAAUCAGAUGGCAGUAUCAGAAGAAAAGGUUUCCGUUUUUCUUUAGAUGGAAACAAACUUGCUUACGGGAAGCCGUUCUCAUCACCCCCCCAGUCUUUAUUGAGUGUUCGAGGCUCCUUGUUUUCUCCCAGACGUAGCAGCAGAACAAGUCUUUUCAGUUUUAAAGAAUAUGGAAGAGGAUCUGAAAAUGACUUUGCUGAUGAUGAGCACAGCACAUUUGAGGACAAUGGGAGCAGAAGAGGUUCUCUGUUUUUGCCACGCAGACAUGGUGAACGGCGCAGUAGUAACAUUAGUCAGACCAGUCGGUCGUCAAGAAGGCUAACACUGUUUCCAGUGAAUGGGAAGAUGCACAGCACUGUGGAUUGCAAAGGGGUGGUUUCCUUAGUGGAUGGACCACUAGGUCUGUUGUCACCUACUGGACAGCUUGUGCCAGAGGUUAUAAUAGAUAAACUGACAACCGAUGAUAAUAGCACUACUACAGAAGCGGGAGUAAAAGAAAGGCGUACAAGUUCAUAUCAAAUACCAAUGGAGUUGCUGGAGGAUCCAAAUUUAAGACAAAGAGCCAUGAGUCUAGCUGACAUUAUCACAAAUACCAUGGAAGAACUUGAAGAAUCCACACAAAAAUGUCCACCUUGCUGGUAUAAGUUUGCCCACACUUUCUUAAUUUGGAAUUGCUGGGAGCCCUGGUUAAAAGUGAAGAGUAUAGUUGAAUUUCUUGUAAUGGAUCCACUUGUUGAUCUGGCCAUCACUGUUUGCAUAAUUUUAAACACACUGUUUAUGGCCAUGGAACAUUAUCCAAUGACUAAAGAGUUCAAUAAUGUACUUAAAAUAGGAAAUCAGGUUUUUACUGGAAUUUUUGCAGCAGAAAUGGUUCUCAAGAUAAUUGCCAUGCAUCCUUUUUAUUAUUUCCAAGUUGGCUGGAAUAUUUUCGAUAGUUUUAUAGUCACCCUAAGUUUGGUGGAGCUUUUUCUGUCAAAUGUGGAAGGAUUAUCCGUUCUUCGAUCAUUCAGAUUGCUUCGAGUUUUCAAAUUGGCAAAAUCUUGGCCAACACUAAAUAUGCUGAUUAAGAUUAUUGGCAACUCAGUGGGGGCUUUGGGGAAUCUGACUCUGGUGCUGGCCAUCAUUGUGUUCAUUUUCGCUGUGGUUGGGAUGCAGCUGUUUGGGAAAAGCUACAAGGAUUGUGUCUGCAAGAUCUCUAGUGACUGUAAGCCUCCACGCUGGCACAUGCAAGAUUUUUUCCACUCCUUCUUGAUUGUGUUUCGAGUGCUGUGUGGAGAAUGGAUAGAAACAAUGUGGGAUUGCAUGGAAGUUGCAGGCCAACCCAUGUGCCUUACUGUCUUCAUGAUGGUCUUGGUGGUUGGAAACCUAGUGGUAUUGAACCUUUUUCUGGCCUUGCUGCUGAGCUCGUUUAGUUCAGACAGCCUUUCUCCUACAGAGGAUGAUAAUGAAAGGAAUAAUUUGCAGAUUGCUGUUGCAAGAAUUCAAAAGGGAAUAGAUUAUGUGAAGAAAAAAGCAGUUGAAUGUGUCCGAAAGUCAUGUUGGGGGAAGCAAGCUGUUGUAAAUCAAAGAACAGCAACAGAUCAGUUGAAUGAUGAUAAAGACCAUUGCAUUUCCAACUGUACCAUUGCAGAAAUAAGGAUAGAUGAAAACUGUCACAAAAUUGAGAAUGGAAUGGCGACUGUUGUAAGUGGCAGUGAUUAUACAUCAUUCAUAAACAACCCAAGCCUUACUGUUACAGUACCAAUAGCUGUUGGAGAAUCUGAUUUUGAACAUCUGAACACAGAAGAGUUCAGCAGCGAAUCAGAUUUGGAGGAAAGCAAGGAGAAGCUAAAUUUUUCCAGCUCAUCUGAAGGAAGUACAGUUAAUUUACCUCUCUUUGGAGAAGAAAAAGCUGCAACUGAACCAGAAAAAGCAUCAGAGCUACAGGCAUGCUUUACAGAAGGCUGUAUACGGAAGUUUAAAUGCUGUAAAGGCAAUAUGGAAAGCAGAAAAGGAAGAAUCUGGUGGAACCUUCGAAAAACUUGCUACAAGAUAGUAGAACACAACUGGUUUGAAUCAUUCAUUGUCUUCAUGAUUCUUCUCAGCAGUGCUACUCUGGCUUUUGAAGACAUAUAUAUUGAACAGCGCAAGACUGUAAAAAUCAUACUGGAUUACGCUGAUAAAAUCUUCACUUAUGUCUUUAUUCUGGAAAUGGUGCUGAAAUGGGUGGCCUAUGGUUUUCAAACUUAUUUUACUAAUGCGUGGUGCUGGCUGGACUUCCUUAUUGUUGAUGUUUCCUUGAUUAGCUUAGUAGCUAAUGCCCUUGGUUUCUCAGAACUUGGUGCAAUUAAAUCCCUCAGAACAUUAAGAGCUUUGAGACCUCUAAGAGCUUUGUCACGCUUUGAAGGCAUGAGGGUGGUUGUUAAUGCUCUUACUGGAGCAAUCCCAUCUAUUAUGAAUGUACUUCUGGUUUGUCUUACAUUCUGGCUAAUUUUCAGCAUCAUGGGAGUAAAUUUAUUUGCUGGCAAGUUCUAUCGCUGUGUUAACAACACGAAUGGUGAGCGAUUCUUACCAGAGCAAGUCAAUAAUUUCAGUGAGUGUGAAAAUCUUUCACGCGCUGGGGACGAUGUUCAAUGGAAAAAUGAAAAAGUUAACUUUGAUAAUGUUGGAGCUGGUUAUCUUUCUCUGCUUCAAGUAGCGACGUUUAAAGGAUGGAUGAUCAUCAUGUAUGCUGCGGUUGAUUCUAGAGAUAUAGAGGAACAGCCGAAGUAUGAGGAAAACCUGUACAUGUAUAUUUACUUUGUUAUAUUUAUCAUCUUUGGAUCAUUUUUCACCCUAAACUUAUUCAUUGGUGUCAUCAUAGAUAAUUUCAACCAACAAAAAAAGAAGCUUGGAGGUGAAGACAUUUUCUUGACAGAAGAACAGAAGAAAUACUACAAUGCAAUGAAGAAGCUGGGAUCCAAAAAACCACAAAAACCUAUACCUAGACCAGCGAAUAAAUUUCAAGGUCUGGUGUUUGAUAUUGUAACAAAGCAAGCAUUUGACAUCACCAUUAUGGUUCUCAUCUGUCUUAAUAUGGUCACCAUGAUGAUCGAAACAGAUGACCAGGGUCAACUUAUGCAAGACAUUUUAUACUGGAUUAACUUGGUCUUUGUUGUCCUUUUCACUGGAGAAUGCAUCCUCAAAAUGUUCUCACUGCGUUAUUACUACUUCACUAUUGGAUGGAAUAUUUUUGAUUUUGUGGUUGUUAUUCUUUCAAUAAUAGGUAUGUUUCUAGCUGACGUGAUUGAAAAAUACUUUGUGUCCCCCACUUUGUUCAGAGUUGUACGACUUGCCAGAAUCGGUCGAAUCCUGCGUCUCAUUAAAGGCGCUAAGGGAAUCCGCACUCUGCUUUUUGCUUUGAUGAUGUCUCUCCCUGCUUUGUUCAACAUCGGUCUGCUGCUGUUCCUGGUCAUGUUUAUCUAUGCGAUAUUUGGCAUGUCCAACUUUGCCUAUGUUAAGAGGGAAGCUGGUAUAGAUGACAUGUUCAACUUUGAAACGUUUGGCAGCAGCAUGAUCUGCCUAUUUCAAAUUACCACAUCUGCUGGCUGGGAUGCUUUGCUAGCCCCAAUUCUUAACAGUGGGGAGCCAGACUGUGACCCCCAUAAAGAUAAUCCCGGCAGCUCUGUGAAAGGCGACUGCGGUAACCCUUCUGUCGGGAUUUUCUUCUUUGUCAGCUACAUUAUCAUAUCAUUUCUGGUAGUGGUGAACAUGUACAUUGCUGUGAUUUUGGAGAACUUCAGUGUUGCUACUGAAGAAAGCGCUGAGCCCUUGAGUGAGGAUGACUUUGAGAUGUUCUAUGAAGUUUGGGAGAAGUUUGAUCCUGAUGCAACACAAUUCAUAGAGUAUAGCAAAUUGUCUGAUUUUGCAGCUUCUCUGGAUCCUCCUCUUAAUAUACCAAAGCCAAACAUAAUUCAGCUCAUUGCAAUGGAUCUACCUAUGGUAAGCGGUGACCGAAUUCAUUGCCUUGACAUAUUGUUUGCUUUCACAAAGCGUGUUUUGGGGGAAAGUGAUGAGAUGGACGCCCUCAGAAUACAGAUGGAAGAUCGGUUUAUGGCAGCCAAUCCUUCAAAAGUCUCCUAUGAACCAAUUACAACAACAUUAAAACGAAAACAGGAGGAAGUGUCUGCUGGUAUCAUUCAGCGUGCUUAUAGACGUUAUCUCUUAAGACAAUCAGUAAAGAAGCUUUCAUUUAUGUAUCGGAAAGAUGAGGUUGAUACACUUAUCGAAAAAGAGAUGAGUAUUGGUAAGCUAAGUGAAAACUCACCUCCGGAGAAAAUGGAUAUGUCUGCAUCCACCGCAUCUCCUCCUUCUUAUGAUAGUGUAACAAAACCAGAAAAAGAAAAAUAUGAAGAUGACAAAUCAGAAAAAGAAGACAAGAGGAAAGACAGAAAAGGAAAUAAAAAGUAAAAGACAUAAAGAGAUUGUACAUGACAUUCACAAGCCUGAGAAGAUGAUGGUUUUAUUAAUAGCACUCUUCCUGAAGGAUUAUGCCAAAAUUGCAAGUUUUUACAUGUUAAUCCACUGCUACAGUCAGUGUCUGUACCAAGACAAUGACCCUUCAUUAGCAAACCCUUAGUUUGUAGCAGGGAAACAACCUUUCCAGAAGAAUAGGUUUUAUUGUCAGCUGGCACUAAUGGAGAGAAGACACAAAAUUUGUAUUCGGGCUGUAGGAACUCUUAAUGGAGUGCAAAAUUACCAGUCCUAAUAAGUCUCUAUUUUUGUGGAAUAAGGGUAUCCACUGUGUACUUUUCAGAUCCUAUUUAUGUUCUGUGUGUGUUAGGGGUUUUUUUGUGAUCUCAUUUGCUUUAAUUCACAUGCUAAUAUUUGUAAUUCUGCUGUGCUGAGGAAAAAGCUAAAUACUCUUGUGGGAGAACACAAAUGUUAGGGAUACAUAAUUAUGGCAUCAUAAUGUGAAUAUAGUUCUCUUCAAGCUGCUUCUAAAUGCAGAAAAGCAAGAUUCCAGAUUAUUGAAGCUCAGGAUCUUGACCAAAUCAGCAGCACAUGAUAAAAAGAACAGAAUGUAGAAAACAAACCUAGGGAAGAAUUUUCACUGACAAGAGGUUGGUAGCUUAGUCUCUUGGUUUUAGUAUACUUAUAUUCAAUUCUUAAUUUAUUAUACUGUCUAUUUCAGAUACAGUGAUUUAAAUAAAUGACACAACUCCUGUUUUGAAAAAUGUGAAACUAUUAAAAAAAAAUAGUUACUUUCAGAGUCUAAGAUAUUUUGUAGUUUCUGAGAGAUUUAAACAGUUCUUGUUACAGAACAGCUACAAAUGCCAAACUGCGCCUACAGGAAAUUACUGGAAUUAAGAUGUGUCUUUUUCUUUCUUUUUUUAACUGUAGACCUUGGAAUUUCAUGAGUAAAGUCUGAACUUCCUUCUAAAGUCUGUUUCUACACUUCUUAUUCCCCAUGAAUAUAUCCCACUUGGAACAAUAAUCAAAGCUACAUGUAUAAAUGACAGCAAAGUACCUUUUGGGACAAAUACUACCUUAACACAUACCUCAGGCUUCAAUUUCCAUACUUGGAAAGUAUAGGUCAUGCCAGAGAUACAAAAUAUCUAUGUCGGAGGUGGUUUUGAGGACACAUGGCCCAUUAGUCAGGUUUCCCAUGUGUGUAAUGAAAUCUUCUGUAGAAAAUUGAGAUGACUAGAAGGAUGUACUUAAAUCAGCUUUGUCCUGCAUUGUGUUUUAGAUGACUUUUUUAUUAUCAAGGCUGACAAUAUGUAAGUAAUCCUUUGUUAUUUAAUCAGUUGUUUUACACAGUGGUACCUGAUUGAACAAAAAGACAAUGACCUAAGUACUGUACUUAUUGCAUCAAAUACAUACCUUAGUAAGUGUAGUUUAUAAAAUUUCAGUAGCUAACAUGAUAUAUUCUGCAAUACGCCACAUAAUUGGGAGGCUUUAACUGAUGCAUGCUUGCUGCUAUGAUCCUACAGCUAUUAAAUUCUAAGAUGGAAAGAUGUAUGAGUGGUGAAAAAAAACCCGUUUGAGGCCAUCAUUCCUCAUACAAAUAAGCAGUAGUUUGCUGCUAUUAUUGAUUUAAUUUUGUUUGAGUUUUGUAAUCUGCAAAUACACAGUAAAUAACUAGACUACACAGGACAAAUAUAUUGCUUAAAAUGUGGGGCUAGAAAAAAGCUUUUAUAAUAUGUAUCUAUUGAUCUAUUCUUGUUAUUUUGAAAAUAGUUUUAUUUUAUAACAUUUUAUACUUAUUAUAAGAAACUACACAUAUCUUCAUGUUGUUAAUAACUUUUAUUGCUGUCUUUGACACUUUACUGUUUAGAAACCUAAGAUAAGAUGAGAAUUAGUAAUUGCAAGUUUAUGCUUAUUAUAUUAAACAUAUUUUAGUAAGGAAUAAUUUUAACAAAAAUGGACGGUGCAGUUCUUUUUUUGAUCAGUAGGUAGGUCUUUGUAUGUGAAACAAGAUAGAUGAGUUUCUUUUAAAAUUACAAUCCUUUCUGUCAAUUUUCAGGGUAAUUUUAGUCAUAGAUUCCCAGUAUUAGUCUCAGACUGUCAGCUUUUCUUGUUGAUUCAUACUGCAGUAGAAGCACUCAGAUAUAAUUCGUUAUUCAAAAUCUUUCUUCAUGAGAAUGAAUAGUAAACCUGUGCAAUGGAUGGUGGAAUACCUUGCAUUUCUUAUUAAAGAGCUAGAGUAUAGAUUGGCUCCUGCUUUUAUAUAAAACUAUUAGCUCAUAGCAUACUGAUGAACUGCAUGCAGGAAGUUGUUUCACCAAAAAUAAGUACAUUGCUAACAACCCAAAAGAAUAAAGAUAACCUUUUUAUGUA